UCCUCGAGGCUCUGCGAGAUGCUCCGGCAAAGGCUGCCACAAGGAGAUUUGCAGCCGAGAUCCCGUCUCUUCUACAUUUUGGCUUUACCUUGCAAGCCUAGAGGAGGAGAAAAUCGCUGCUAGGAGCCCUGCGAAGAGAAGCCGUGUGGAGGCAGGGCACGGGGAGUGGCGAGGGGCUCGAAUUUGGGUGUCUGCCCCUGCAGAGGCGAGCUGCGAGCACCUGUCGGGGAGGAGCUGACUCAUGUGAGAAGAAGGUCAUUCCCGCAGCUCUGUUAAUAAUGCUUGUAAGGCAGAGGUGAAAGUGGCUCAGCAGAACAACACCAGGAAAUCUGGCAGACUGGAAGAGCACAGCUGCCCCCCUGGGCAGCUGCCACGUGUGAAGCAUGGAGGAAAGCAAAAACGAGAAGGUGAACCAGGCUCACGUUCUCUUCGACAGAUUUGUCCAGGCUUCCACCUGCAAGGGGACUCUGAAGGCUUUCCAGGAGCUCUGUGACUACCUGGAACUAAAGCCCAAGGACUAUCGUUCCUUCUAUCACAAACUCAAGUCCAAGCUCAAUUACUGGAAAGCCAAAGCCUUGUGGGCCAAAUUGGAUAAAAGAGGCAGCCAUAAGGACUACAAGAAGGGGAAAGCAUGCGCCAACACGAAGUGUCUGAUCAUUGGGGCUGGACCCUGUGGCCUUCGCACAGCCAUCGACCUGUCCUUCCUGGGAGCCAAGGUGGUGGUGAUAGAGAAGAGGGACGCCUUCUCCCGCAACAACGUGCUGCACCUCUGGCCCUUCACCAUCCACGACCUCAGGGGCCUCGGCGCCAAAAAGUUCUACGGCAAAUUCUGUGCAGGAUCCAUAGACCAUAUCAGUAUCCGUCAGCUCCAGCUGAUCCUUUUGAAGGUUGCCUUGAUCUUGGGAAUAGAGAUCCAUGUCAAUGUGGAGUUCCGGGGGCUCGUGUACCCUCCGGAGGACCAGGAGAAUGAAAGAAUAGGUUGGCGUGCACUGGUCCAUCCCAAAACCCAUCCAGUGUCUGAGUAUGAGUUUGAAGUAAUCAUUGGAGGGGAUGGCAGAAGAAACACCUUAGAAGGGUUUCGCCGAAAGGAAUUCCGUGGAAAACUUGCAAUCGCUAUCACAGCAAACUUCAUCAAUCGCAACACCACAGCUGAAGCCAAAGUAGAAGAGAUCAGCGGCGUGGCCUUCAUCUUCAACCAGAAGUUCUUCCAGGACCUCCGGGAUGCCACAGGCAUUGACUUGGAGAACAUUGUCUACUACAAAGAUGAUACACACUACUUUGUCAUGACUGCCAAAAAGCAGAGUUUGCUGGAUAAAGGAGUGAUACGGCAUGACCAUGCCGACACAGAGGUCUUGCUCUCCCGGGAGAACGUGGACCAGGAGGCUUUGCUGAACUACGCCAGGGAGGCAGCAGAUUUCUCCACUAACCAGCAGCUGCCCUCUCUGGACUUUGCCAUCAACCACUAUGGGCAGCCCGACGUGGCCAUGUUUGACUUCACGUGCAUGUACGCCUCGGAGAACGCGGCCCUGGUGCGCGAGCAGAACGGCCACCAGCUCCUUGUGGCGCUGGUCGGGGACAGCCUCCUGGAGCCGUUUUGGCCAAUGGGAACUGGAAUAGCCAGGGGAUUUUUGGCUGCAAUGGACUCUGCUUGGAUGGUACGAAGUUGGUCGCUUGGAGCCAGUCCUUUGGAAGUGCUUGCAGAGAGGGAAAGCAUUUACAGGCUGCUGCCUCAGACCACCCCAGAGAACGUGAGUAAAAACUUCAGCCACUACAGCAUUGAUCCUGCCACUCGAUAUCCCAAUAUCAAUGUCAACUUCUUGAGGCCACAGCAGGUACGCCACUUGUAUAAUACAGGAGACUUGAAAGACAUUCACCUGGAGAUAGAGAACUUUGUGAACUCCAGGACACCAAAGCUGACUCGAAAUGAGUCUGUAGCUCGCUCUAGUAAAUUGCUCAGUUGGUGCCAGAGGCAGACUGAUGGAUAUGCUGGUGUUAAUGUGACAGAUCUGACAAUGUCAUGGAAAAGUGGCUUAGCUUUGUGUGCCAUUAUCCACAGAUACCGUCCAGACUUAAUAGACUUUGAUUCCUUGGAUGAGCAUGAUGUGGAGAAGAACAACCAACUGGCCUUUGACAUCGCUGAGAAAGAGUUUGGGAUCUCUCCCAUUAUGACUGGAAAGGAAAUGGCAUCUGUUGGAGAGCCAGAUAAGCUGUCCAUGGUGAUGUACCUCACACAGUUCUAUGAGAUGUUCAAAGACACCAUCCCCUCUAGUGAUGCCCUGGAGCUGAAUGCAGAAGAGAAGGCUGCCCUGAUUGCCAGUACCAAGUCUCCCAUCUCCUUCCUCAGCAAACUGGGACAAAGCAUCUCUCGGAAGCGCACUCCCAAGGACAAAAAAGAAAAGGAACUGGAUGGUGCAGGAAAGAGGAGAAAAACCAGCCAAUCUGAGGAUGAGGACCUCCCACGAAGCUACAGGGAAGAAAGGCCCACACUGGUGAGUGCCCUGACAGAGAGGAGAAUUGAUGCUGCCAUUGGGAACCAGAACAAAGUCAAGUCCAUGGCAACCCAGCUGCUGGCCAAGUUUGAAGAGAAUGCACCAGUGCCGUCCUCAAACUUACGAAGACAGCAACCUGUCCUGCCUUACCAAGAGCGUGGCCACAGCCAGCCAUCCAGCAGACGAGAGCAGGGCCGCCUUGCUCCCAUACCCCAGUGGAAACAGAUGAGGCAUAAGGAACGUUCUCGGACCUGCCCCAAAAAAGUGAUCAUGCUUUCUUCUUCCACUCCAUCCUCCUCUCCAUCGUAUCCCAGGCAGCAGAGAUUCAGGGAACCUGGUGCUGGCUAUCCCGGGGAGCUGAGGCCCAGACAGGAAAGGAGAUCUCCUCGUUUAUUUUCUCAUGACCAAGUGCCCAUGAGUGUUGAGCAAAGGGCAUGUCAGCUGGCUGCCCUCCUGGAGUCCAGACGUGCACUGAGGCAUCAGCCCGAGACGGAGCCGUCUCGCCGAUUCUUUGUUGACCAGUGGGAGCUCUCCCUUAGCCUCCGCUCUUCCAACCGCCCUUCCUCACCCUCCUCCGACUCCCUCCGACAGAAGUACAUAAAGAUGUACACAGGCGGAGUGAGCUCAUUGGCUGAGCAGAUAGCCAAUCAGCUUCAAAGGAAAGAGCAGCCCAAAACCCUUCUAGACAAGAAGGAACUGGGCUCGCUGAAGAAGGAGUUCCCCCAGAACCUGGGAGGCAGCGACGUGUGCUACUUCUGCCGCAAGCGGGUCUACGUGAUGGAGCGGCUCAGCGCCGAGGGCAAGUUCUUCCACCGCAGCUGCUUCAAGUGCGAGUACUGCGCCACCACGCUGCGCCUGUCCUCCUACGCCUACGACAUCGAGGACGGUAAAUUCUACUGUAAACCUCACUACUGUUACCGAGUCUCUGGUUAUGCUCAGAGGAAGAGGCCAGCAGUGGGUCCUCUGUCAGGAAAGGACACCAAAGGACCUGUGCAGGACGCCAUGGCCAGCGACGGGAGCGGACGGGCCAGCAGCAUCCCCACCUCAGCAGAGAGGGCCCCAGGUUCCAGUGUGAACGGGCUGGAGGAGCCCAGCCUGGCCAAGCGGCUGCGGGGCACUCCGGAGCGCAUCGAGCUGGAGAACUACCGGCUGUCCCUGCAGCGCGAGGAGGAGCUGGAGGAGGUCCCCGAGGAGACCCUGGCAGAGCACAACCUGAGCAGCGUGCUGGACAAAGGGACAGAGGAGGAUGUGCCCAGCAGCUGUCCUCUCUCUUUCUCUCUUUCCCUCUUUCCAUGGCUUGUGUGUGUACACGGUGUUAAAUGUGGAUGUGUGCCUCCCUCUGCUGUAGAGGGAGAGUAUAACCCUUGGGAGAGAGAGCUGCAGCAAGGCCUCUGGCUUCAACGUCUCUCAGAUGAAGAGGACUCGGGUACACGUAAAGCUGGAAACCUUAGGCUGCAGCAGAUUGUAAAUCCGGUUGAUCCUCUGGAGAUCCUGGCAGAUGUGCACUGGACACACAUCCGUGAGAAAGAGGAGGAGGAAAAAAUGGUCUCAGCCUCAAAGUCCUCCACCUCCAGAGCAUCCGACCUUCCCUCCGUACGCCAUGAGGCGGUACAGGCGUGGCUGGAGACGGUCCCUGGAGCUCCAUGUGAGGAGGAUGAUGUGGAGGAUGAGCUGGGCACAGAGCCUGCAGACACAGAAGGGCAGGCAGGUGAAGAGGGAGACACGGGUGCAGAGCUGGACGAUGACAUCGCCUCUGAUGCAGAAGCGGAGUUUCGCUUACGUCGGGGUGGGGCAGAAGGGGCAGAACUGAAAGUCUCUGAAGAUGAAGAAGAAGCAGAAGAUGCUUCUCACAGUGUGACAGAAGAUCCAUGCAAGCCACCCAUCCCUAUCCAGCCCUCUAGUGACAGUGUUCUUCCUCUGUCUCCAGCUGCUAGUCCCAAAGCAAAACAAGCAGAGGAUGUAGAAGAUCCCCUGGCUGAAGUGUGCCGUGCAAUAAAAUCCCCAGAGCCACGCUUUUUUCCUGAGCCUUUCAUUCUUGAGGAAAGACCAAAGGAUGAAAUUCCCAAAGACAGGAAAGUCAAAAGCCCUUUGGUGCCGCCAUCUCCAGUGUUGUCCCAGCCGGUUGCAUCACCAGAAGCCAUUGUAGCCCCAUCCCCAGCAGAGUCCCAGCCAGGAGCACCAGCACUGCCCUCAUCCGCAGCAUCUGCUGAAAAGCCUAUCUGCUCCCAGCCUUUGCCUUCUGCUGAAACAUCCAUUCCAUCCCCAGUGGAGCCUCCAGUAUGUUUCCAGCCUGUCCCAGCCUUAACAUCUACUCCUUUAGCCAAACUGGCCCUUAGGGGCCAGGAUGGUGAGGUGGAAAAACUGGGGAGCCCUACUACUGCAGAAGAAGCCCUGAAACGGAGCAGCCUGGUGGAAGAGUUCUGGAUGAAGAGUGCCGAAAUCCGAAGGAGCUUGGGGCUCACCCCCGUGGACAGGAACAAACGCUCAGAGAGCAACUUCACUGUGUCUGCUCUGGAGACAACUCCUCAGAAGACUUUCAACAGCAGGAAUAUUUCAGGGGAUGAAAGGAUCCAUCCUGUGAAACCCCAGCCUGCCCCAAGGAGGCAGGGGCUAUCCAAGUUAGAAAAUGAGCAGAUCUCUCUGCUCACUCCGAAGUCUCCAUCAGAAAAAGAGCUAAAGAUUCCCAGUGAAGUACGGGGAGAUGUGUCCAGCAGCUCCGGACUUGGCCUUCAGGAGAGCUCAUCUAACAUGAGAACUAUGGCUAGCCAGAGCUUCAACACUUCCGACUCCACCAUGCUAACUCCCCCAUCGAGCCCGCCCCCACCACCUCCUCAGAACGAGGAGCCGGCCACGCUGCGCAGGAAGAGGUACCAGGCCCUCUGGCAGAAUGAGGUAGAAGCCAGGUCACCUCCAACACCAGCAUCAACACCUCCUGUUCCCCGACAGCAGGAGCCAGCCCCUCCUGCCAAGGAGACCCCCCCGGCCAAGAGGGACGACGUGCGGAAGUCGUUCGCGGAGAGCGUGGAUGAAAUUCCAUUUGCUGAUGACGUGGAGGACACGUAUGAUGACAGGACAGAGGACUCCAGCCUUCACGAGAAGUUCUUUACACCUCCUACCAGUAGGCCGAGGCCAGAGAAACCACAUGUUUUGCCCUUGGUCAAAGAAAAUGGUGGUCCACCCUCCAUGGAAGGAGGGAUUCACCAUAAGAAGAGGGUGUUCCCUGACAUUUCUGUGGAGGCCAAGGAGCUUGCUGAAGAAAGAAUGAGAGCCAGAGAGAAGUCGGUCAAGAGCCCAGCACUACGUGAUGCCAUGGCUAAACAGUUGUGUAAGAUGAAAGAUAUGGAGGUGACUGCUGCUGCUGCUGGGGUCACAAGGGCACGAAAGGCAUCUUCUAUGCCCUUGAAGACCAAAGAGUUGUUUUAUGAGUCUCCAAAACAUUUGGCCUUGAAAUUGGCAGAGGGAUCCGCACGAAAACAUAAUUCUGCUACUGAGAAGUACUCCACUCCUCCUGCUGACAUGGCUGGACCUGAAGGGUCUGUCAGCUCUUCAGAAGGCUCCAGUGGGAAGAGUAAGAAAAGAAGUUCCCUCUUCUCCCCUCGUAAGAACAAAAAGGAGAAGAAAUCCAAAAACGAUAGCAGACUUUCUGACAAAUCUAGUGGUGGGACAGAGGAAGCAACAAAGCCUAGGUCGUUAUGGAAGUCUGUUUUCUCUGGCUAUAAGAAAGACAAGAAGAAAAAGGCUGAUGAGAAAUCUUGCCCAAGUACUCCCUCAAGUAAUGCCACUGUGGAUUCUGGCAAGCACAAACCCUCUCCACUGAUUACAGCUGCAGAUUUACAGCUCCGUCAACACCUGAGUUUCUCGGAGGACUCCGACCUCUCCAGUGAUGAUAUUCUGGAACGCUCCUCCCAGAAAUCCAAACGAGAGUCGAUCUAUGUACCACACGCCUUGGCAUUCAAGAGAUCAUACUCGUCAAAGAGGGCCUACACAGAAGAGGAGCUGAACGCCAAGCUGACGCGGCGAGUGCAGAAAGCUGCCCGCAGACAAGCCAAGCAAGAGGAGCUAAAGAGGUUACACAGAGCUCAGAUUAUCCAGCGGCAGUUGGAGCAAGUGGAAGAGAAGCAGAGGCAGCUCGAGGAGAGAGGAGUUGCUGUGGAGAAGGCCCUUCGAGGAGAAGCAGACUAUUGGGGAGAGUCUUAUUACAGUGACCUCAUCGACUUGCAUCUGGGUGUUGAGCCCAAUGGCGGGACACCACGUCGUAGACCUCUCUCCUUCUGCCCUUGCUGUGCCCAUGAAGGCAUGGGUAAGAAGGAUGACCCCAAGCUGAUGCAGGAGUGGUUCAAGCUGGUGCAGGAGAAGAAUGCCUUGGUUCGCUACGAGUCUGAACUGAUGAUAUUUGCUCGGGAGCUAGAACUGGAAGACAGGCAGAGUCGACUGCAGCAAGAACUCCGUGAGAGGAUGGCAGUAGAAGAUCAUCUGAAGACAGAUGAGGAGCUCUCGGAGGAGAAGAGGAUUCUGAAUGAAAUGCUUGAAGUAGUGGAGCAGAGAGAUUCCCUUGUGGCUCUCCUUGAGGAGCAACGGCUUCGAGAAAAAGAAGAAGACAAGGACCUGGAGGCAGUCAUGCUUUCCAAAGGCUUCAGCUUGAACUGGUCCUGAGCUUAACACAUUUACCUCUGCUGGUCUGCGUUGUCCAGUUGGCCUACUCUGAGUUUGCCAGAAUUACAUGGAUAGGAAGAUGUUGAAGGGGAAACCUCUGAAGGGUCCAACAGCAUGCAGGGAUUUGGUUUGAAGCACUCAGAAGCCUUUUGAUAAGUGUGUUGAUUCCAGAAGCUUAAGUUUUACAUGUCUGCAAGCCAAGUUGAAGAAAUGAGUUGAGACUGUGGAGUCUCCUUGAGGUCCUGUACGAUGGACCAUAUUUUGUGUGUGGUAGGAGGGAGGGGGGAGUAAUCCAUGUGUGGGGAAGGAGGUUAAGGGAAGAAGUACCCUUAACUACAUUGGAUUUAAGGCAGUCCAUUCCUUUCCCAUUUUUACUACACCAGUUCUAAUAAAAGGGAGGGAAGUGGCAACCUUUCCUGAAAAACCACAGCAGCCUGUAGCAGUGGAGUCAGCUGUCCAAGAGAGCUCCAGAAGCCCAGGGCAAGACCUUCUUUGCUUUAGUCUUCCUUCCCACCAAAGAAACCUGCAGUUGGUCCUCAUGCAUGGAUAUGAAGAAACACAAGACAGAGGAGAUACUGCUAUGUGUGAUGGAACUCUCUGCCUCUUGGUUUUUGGAGAGAAGUGGGCAUCAGUGGACUCUUUCCCUACCUUAGCCUCCUAAAUCUUCUUGUGGGGAACAAGGGGAGCAGAAGAGAGAGGGAAGAUGCCCAUCUGCUUUGCUACACACUGGAGAGGCAGCUACUGCUGGCCUUAGUCUUCAUGGCCACAGCUCAGAGGCUGGUGGGCUUCCUUGUUCUGUUUUUAUUGUGACUGUUUUGACACUGGAAAAUACUGCUGUGGGACAGUGGUAAGUGUGUGCUGGGGCAGGGGUGUUCCCAGGCAGCAUUCCCUGGUUAUUAGGCCCCCUAAAAGGGAGAAGCCCUUAAGUGACCGAACCACCAUUAAGACUUUUCAGUGUUUUUAUUUUUAUUUUUUUCCUCUGUAUUUUGUUUUUGCACAUUGGAAACAAAGCUUAAGACCUGCCUGGGCCCUCAGUCACUUUGACCCUUUUAUGUCAAUUAACUUAUUUUUUUAAUACUUGAAAGAAGAUUCAUUUUUGUAUCUUUUAGGAAAAAAAUGGACGAGUGAUGGGUGUGUGUGCCUGCUGCAUCCUACAACUUCCACUUCAAAAUUACUGGACGUUGUUACCUGUGGCUAUUUAUUAGUGUUCUUAAUAAUAAUUUGAUUGUUACACAUAUGUGAUUGUGGAGGGAGUGUUUUAACUCUGUUAGAGAAAGACACUACUGCGGAUUGGUCCCUGCUUCACAGCAAGGGCAGCCUUUAUGUACCCAUGGAUGCAUCCUGCCCUAGGAGUUUUCCUCUAUGAAAAAAAUCCUGUGCACUCAUGGAGUUUAAGAAUCUAUUUGUGUUCUUAGCAUCCUUUUCUUCCACAUCCCACAUUCUCUCUUUUGGUCUAACAAACCUAUAUUUAUUUACAUUUUACAUUUUUAUAAGAAGAAAGCCAAAACUGUGAGGUAGAAAUAUCCCAUAUGUCUCUUCCUCACUGAAAGAGGGGAUCCUCACAGUCCUGAUACAGUUUGAGGGAUUUUCUUGAAAACAAAAUCAGCACAUUUCCUGCUACAUCUAUUGGAAGAAGCUCCUUUUGGCCCAGUUAGUGAAUCUGCUGCUUUUCAGCCAGGAGGGCCCUGACCGUAACCACACGAUAAUUGAUGAGCAGGAUGUGCACUGAGCAGCUCAGCCCCGCUCCCUGUGGGACAGACUCCCUGGGCAAACGUGUCCUUAACCUAUCCUGCAGAGCUGAAACAGCACCCUGCGCUGGGGAUGUGUCCCAUCCUUCACAGGAUGUGUCCACAGGGUUUCCCUCCUUGGGAUGCUGACUAUGUUCUUUUCCUGUUCAAGAAGUACCAAGGCUGCUUUCUGAAGUCUCUGAGAACGUGUCCCUUUUCCCAAGCACAUUUGUACAGCCUGCUGACUCUUCCAGCUGGAAUUGACACUGCCGGUGCGAGGCACCCCAGCAGGGCUGAACAUCCUUCAGUCUUUUGCCCUGGCACAGAAGUUUGCAUGAUUUCUUGCUGUUGGCUCUCUACCUCCUUCAGAGGGCUCUCCUGUAAGCCAAGGUCUAUGAUUUGAAUUCACCUCUGACUUGGGAGAACGCCCAGGCUGAGGGAGAACGGGUAGGAGUGUCCAUGGGGACUCUGAGCAGUGCUGGUUGCUAACUGUGGAAACCCGUGUUUUCCACCCAAAGUGUUCUCCCUUUAUUCCACCUAAGGCAUUACAAAUUGAAUCCAGAUACUCGUGAAACCAAGCAGACAGACAGGCAGCUGCAGUGCUAGUUAAUAACUGUGUUUAGCAAGUGGCACCUGCCAUUUCAGCAUUCCAGAGUGUUGGCUUUACCAGCAGGAUGUCUAACAAAGAGAAUUCCCUCCUGUUUGCUGGUGCAGGGCUGCUGCCCGAGUCAAACUGGCAAUGGCAGUUUACACAGUCUGCAUUUGAGGGGCCACUGGAAGCUGGAGUGCAGGAAGAGGGAAGAAAGGUAGAAAGUUUACUGUAAAUUGUCUUGUGCAGAGAAUUGACCUCAGUCCAUUUUAUAGUGCACUGGGUAUAUGGACCACAUCUAACUUGUAACAAAAGGUCAUUGAAUGUGAGCUGUAGAACAGAAAAGAGUCCUGAAGGAGAAACACCAGAUGGUUUCUUUUCCCUUUCAUGCUGAGGGACAUUGGCCGGAUCUUUGCAAUGCUGAAGAGUGAGAUCACUUCAGGGUGUAAUACCUUAUUGCACAGAAAACCCACAUAUUCUAACCCUAAACUCUUUGGGUUGUGCUGAAGGCCUCCAGCAGCGGGAAUGAAAACAAAGAGCUGACAUCGCACACACAAAUUGAUCAAAAAUACACAAAAGGGAAUGUUAAAAGGCCUUUUUAUAUCAAAAUGGUUGGAAAAGGCACAACUUGUUAUUUGCUGUUCAGUUGCACUUUAAGAAUAUGACUUGCAUAUCAGAUAGUGGGUUUUUUUACUCUGAAUAUUUUUAAUUCAAAUUUUGUAUUUUUAAAGCUGAAGAAGGUUCUUGUGAGCACAAGAUUCCUUAUUUGUAUCCGAAUCCGAGCAGGAUGUUCUAGCUCUUUGCGCUGCCCGCAGCGUGCACCCAGCCACGUGCAUUCAAUGACGUGUGUCCAUUUCAUUGUGAGGAGAGCCAAGGGACCUCAGCCCCCGAGACCUGGGCACACAAGGGUGGCUGUCCCCUGGUGACACGGUCCUGACCUGGGGCUGUGUCCAUGUGUGAGGAGAGCCAAGGGACCCUCAGCUCCUGAGACCUGGGCACACAAGGGUGGCUGUCCCCUGGUGACACGGUCCUGACCUGGGGCUGUGUCCAUGUGUGAGGAGAGCCAAGGGACCCUCAGCUCCUGAGACCUGGGCACACAAGGGUGGCUGUCCGCUGGUGACACGGUCCUGACCCGGGGCUGUGUCCAUUUCACCUGUGAGGAGAGCCAAGGGGCCCUCAGCCCCCGAGACCUGGGCACACAAGGGAGGCUGUCCCCUGGUGACACGGUCCUGACCCGGGGCUGGCCACUUCGUCCUGGCAGCAGGUGCGAAGAGAGGCGAGCUGGAGCCCGAGCCUUGUUGGCUCUGAAAUGGGCACACUGAGGAUAGGGCAAGCCCUUCAGCCCCCUACAGGGAAGGGAGGGGAGCACCAGCUCCUGGAAGGAAAAGCCCAGGAGGUAAAUGGAGAUGGGGGAGUGAGGACUGCCAGAAUUAAUCUGCUGUUUUCACAGUACCAAUUUUUUUUUAAACUGUUCUGUUCCUUUUAACCAUAUCUCAUUAAAAGUCACAACUGGCUGUAAAAUUCCAAGCUUCAGAGAACUAAUGUGUGGGGAAGUGACAAGACAUUUCAGCUCCAACUUUCAGACAUAUUCUUUCUUUCAGUUAACCAGUAUCCCCUGGUCUCACUAGGGCAUGUUAUAAACUGCAUUGCUGAACAUAUUUUAGAGCAAACCGCAAGUUUUAAAAGUCUGUCCUUCUCUCUCUGUCUCUGCAUUUUCUGUAAAUAUUUGUUUGUAUGUAAAGGCACCAGUGGAUCCUUGGGCUACCCCCAUGGUCAAGAAUCUGAGUUUUGUGCAAUGCCUAGGCCUCUGUUAGAACACGGUGCUUGCGUAGAGCUAGUCACCACAUUUGUGUGCACUCUGGUGGGUUUUAAUAUUUUUAUACAUCCUAAUCCUGAACGUGAUGAAGUAUUCUAAGUGGUCUAGACAGCAUGAUCUAGAGCAGCCGGCAGUUCCCUUUUGUGAGCAGCUGCACCUUGUUUGGUUAACAUUCUUCUAAGAUGAGUUUUCCAUUAAGUGUUUACACCACACACCAGUGGAUUGAGAGAGGUGUUGCGUUGUAAAAUCUCCCGUGUGCAAACUGAAAAGCUGCAGUGGGAAUUUCAGUUGUCACUGUCUGCAAGGAAGAGAGCUCUAAAGCAUACUAAAAACCAGCCUGUAUAUAGUUGACAGAGAAAGAGAUGGCUGGCUGUUGACCUUUGCAAAGUAACAGAGAUGGGAAGCUUUCCAAAAGUUCCUGCUUUUGGAUUGUCCAAGCCUGCUACCCUGCCUGUACGUGCCUGCUUGGCAGGGUGGCAGGCAGAGGAGGAUGUCGCUGAAAGCAGGUGUGAAGGGGAGGAUGCCGCGCUCUGAUGGCAUUGCAGUAAUUUAAAUACUCUGUAUCUGUGGGUGCAUGCGUGUGUGUGUGAAGUCUAAUCCAGGCAAAAGGAGUUGCUUUGGCAUCUGCCCUUUUGUGUGAACAUGAACUCUGAUAUUCAGAUUGUUCAAGGCUUUUACGGUUGGCAUGUAUGGAGCGUUAACAGAAAAGUGAAUACCCUACCUGUACAAAACCAACUCUGUUCCAGCCUGUUUUCUUCUAUUUGGUUGUGUUUUAUCGUUUGUUUUUAUGCACACUUGCUUCAUUGGUGUUGAGAUUUUAGCACCUCAGAUGGCCAACUGAACUAAAAAAAAAAAUAAAGUCAUUAAUUAUU